ACGAGUAAGAGAGCCGACGAUUUACCCGAGCAUUUGCCGGCUUUUGACGAUUUGGUAAGGGACUUGCAAAUUUGAGUAGCGAUAAAUGGAAAACUCAAAGAUAGAUUGGAUCAGUAGAAAGGUUGGGAGUUUAGAGUGUAUGGCACGCGAGAAAUAUAAGUAUGCGAAAAUUAAACAUGAUUUUAUAGGUAUUAGUUAAGACAUCAGACGUUAAUUUUUGGUCUCUCACUUCCUGCCCUAGGUACGUCCGAAAGCGGGUCGAUUGAUUACGAACAUGUGAAAACAUAUCUGUUAACGUGUGCGGACUUUGAGUUGAAGUUAGAUUUGAAGGAAUUGGUGGUAAUUGGGUAGAUUGCUGCUUAUUCGACCGUAAAAUCAAAACAUGUGUACGGUAAGGGCUCAAACUGCCCCCGACCGGUUGUGUAUGUGCAUUGAGUAUCGCACUGCCGGAGAGGGAGAGGUUUCGCUAAGGGUUUUUCGUUUUCGGAUGGAUCUAUUGCGCGUGCCACUACUUUUCAACUUUUGGAUUGUCCUGUUUUUAUGGUCUGUUUACAAAUAAAAUUCAGCAACAAAUUAAAGCAUUUGUGGGGACAAACGGUAGAGGGGACCGAUUUCGCUCGAUCUGGGCUCGUGCUAUAAAUGUGAAAGAUAUUAUGACUACAAACAUCACAUCUUGUUCAGAUUCUUUAGGACUUACAUCGCAAAUAUAUCACUAUGCUGUGCAAAGUUAUUUUUGUUGCUGUUAUGGUAGCAGUAGUUGCUGCAAGCCAAUUCGAACAUCAUGACUACCAUUCGCAUCCCAGCUACAAGUUCGAGUAUGGAGUGAAGGAUCCCCACACCGGAGACCACAAGAGCCAGUGGGAACAUCGGGAUGGAGAUGUCGUCAAGGGAGCCUACACCCUGCACGAGGCCGAUGGAACUGAGCGAGUGGUCGAGUACUCGUCCGACAAGCAUCAUGGUUUCCAGGCUCAUGUGAAGCGUGUGGGUCAUGCUCAUCACCCGGAAGUCUAUGGACACCAUGAGAGUGGUCACUCGUACGGUGGACACGGUCAUGGACAUGCCAGCAGCUAUGCCAACGGAAACCUCCAUCAGCAUCACCAUUACAUGCACGCAUUCAAGCCCUACUCCUUUCACAUCAUAUUUAAGCGCUCAUAUUCAACCCAAAUGCCAACAGUCGAUCGCCAGCCAUCGCUCAAUCUGCAUUCACCAAACCCACAAGCCAAAGAACUUCCCAAAAUGAUGAAGAUCACUAUUGCCGCCCUCGCACUUCUGGCUGUCGCCGUUGCCGCUUACGAGCACGAGGACUACCAUUCGCAUCCCAGCUACAAGUUCGAGUAUGGAGUGAAGGAUCCCCACACCGGUGACCACAAGAGCCAGUGGGAACAUCGGGACGGAGAUGUCGUCAAGGGAGCCUACACCCUGCACGAGGCCGAUGGAACAGAGCGUGUUGUGGAGUACUCGUCCGACAAGCACAACGGAUUCCAGGCUCAUGUGAAGCGUGUGGGUCAUGCUCAUCACCCGGAAGUCUACGGACACCAUGAGGGUGGACACGGUCAUGGACAUGCCAGCAGCUAUGCCAACGGAAACCUCCAUCAAUACUAUCAUUGAGAAGGGUCUAUGCUAGUUUAAUAAAAGUUCCUAUGAUUUGUGUUGAAUAAAAUCUUGAUUUUGAAUAUUUUACAAAUUCCAUUGUAUUCGACUAUCUUUUUUCUUGGUGUAACAACCUACUAAGUCAUGCUUGUUUUAACUGGCUUCAGAUGUAUCUUUAUUCUAAAAGAUUUAUAAUUAGCCCAUAAUCUCAAGAAUGGGGUAACCAUCCGAAUAAGUUUUGGUACCGGCGUGAAAGAUAAAUCUGUAAACCAUCAGGUAGCUCUUCGGAUUAU